AUGGCAUCUAAUCAAUCCGACACCGAAAAGUCUCCCAAGAAAGCCCCACCCAAAUCACCAUCCACCACUUAUCCUACCUUAAAUCCAAGAAGCCCUUUCUAUGUCUAUCCCAGAGAAAAUCCCGGUGCCAUCCUCAUCGCACCACCAUUGGACGACAAUAAUUAUCACAAUUGGAGCAAAUCAAUGCGACACGCCCUCACCUCUAAGAACAAGAUCAGAUUCAUCAACAGUUCUUUACAACGACCUUCUUCUGCAAAUCCAAAUUUUGAUGUCUGGGAACGUGCAAACAACAUGGAUGAACUUGAAGUUCUUCGACCAACACCUACUUUCUACUGCACAAUCCCCUGCACCUGCGAUUUAUCUAAAGUUGUGCGUCAAUAUAAACAAAUGGAGUAUGUUACUGGUUUUAUCAAAGGUUUGAAAGAUACAUAUCAUAACAUUCGAACCCAGAUAUUGUUGCUCGAUCCCAUCCCUAACAUUAGUCGACUUUACUCGAUGAUUGCUCAACAAGAAGUCACCACAACCAUACCUACUAUCCAUUAUGCCAACAAUAAUCCUUAUAACAAUCGUGGCAAAGGACGUGGCAACCCUAAGAGCUCCAUGGUCAGUACAAAUUGUCAUAGAACAAAUUACUCCAUGGAAACAUGUUAUUUCAAGCAUGGAUUUCCCCCAGGUUACCGCAACAAAAGCCCUAAAAAUGACUCUGAAUCCAAGCCCCAUCAGCAAUCAGAGAAGGAUGGCAUCAUUUCUAAAGAAGACUACCAAUAUCUGCUUCAACUUCUGCGAAAAUCUAAGAAGGACAAUAGUUCCACAAAGACUGUCUCAACGACAACACACGGUCCUCACAUAAUCUCAGGUAUGGUCAAAACUGGUAGUGAUCUUAACUCUCCCACCAUGUGGAUUCUUGAUUUCGGUGCUUCUGACCAUGUUUGUACUCACAGUUAA